GAUUAGUGUACUGUCCCUUUAACUGUCACGGAUCAGAUUGAGGACAUGCGCACUGCGCUCCGCCCAAACUGCAAACUAAAUGCGUCAACUUUAGUUUUGGGCACUUUGUUCUUCAAUGUGUUGUGUUUACAGGACAUGAUUUUGCUGCUUCCUUUUUUUGGGGGGGGAAACGUGCAUGUGCGCGCGCGUCCUGGCCCAGAAUUACACAACACAACUGUGUGAACACAACACAACUGUGUGAACACAACAGUGUCCAGUGGGGGAGGAAGUACUCACAUCCUUAACUUGUGUGUGAGCUGCAGCACAGUGAGUCUGGACUGAAGUAGUGAAAAGUGAAAAUGAAUGAGGAUGCGUUCGAGGUCCCGGAGAGGACGGAGUACCGCUACCUGGUGCAGGAGGAGGACGAGGAGGAGGUGCAGUACGUCCGUCACAGACACUACAUCAACCCCCUCCUGGUGCUCUCCAGACGCUGCAUCUUCCUCAUCUGCGUCGGCGUGCUCGCUCUGCUCUCUCUCGCCACCUACCUGGGCUACGUGGCCCAGACGCUGCCGCCGGGCGUCGCCCAGGUGACGACUCACUGCGGAGAGUUCAGAGGAAGACACAAGAAUGGCGCCUACACCUUUAAAGGCAUGCCCUACGCCGCUCCGCCCGUUGGUACCCUGCGUUGGGCCCCUCCGGCCGAGCCGGUGUGCAGGAGCGGGGUGAUGGACGCGGGCCGCUUCCGCAGCAUGUGCCCUCAGGUGCAUCCGCUGUUGCGCACGGGGAGGGUGAUGGGCCAGGAGGACUGCCUCUUCAUCAACGUGUGGACGCCCACGCUGCAGCCCGAUGCCAAACUGCCCGUCAUGGUCUGGAUCCACGGAGGAGGGCUGCACGCGCUCAGUGGAGGCGAGCCGGCCUACUCGCCCACAGAGCAGCUCGCGGCCGACACAGGAGUGGUUUACGUCAGCUUCAACUACAGACUCAACGCCUUCGGCUUCCUUGCGCUGGAGCUGCUGAGGGAAGGUUCUCCGAAAAACACCUCAGGGAACUACGGCUUCCUGGACCAGAUCGCCGCUCUGAAGUGGGUCCAGAAGAACAUCCACCUGUUCGGAGGAGAUCCUGACAAAGUGACCAUAUUUGGACAGAGCUCAGGUGGGACAUCAGUGUGGACCCUGAUGAUGUCACCGCUGGCGAAGGGUCUCUUCCACGCGGCGGUGGACAUGAGCGGCUCGUCUGUCUACAACGCCUCGCUGGAGGACGCCGAGUCCGACAACCUGGUGUUCCUGAAGAAGACGGGCUGCAGAGACCUGAGCUGCCUCAGAAGUCUGUCCAUCAGACAGGUCCUGCAGGCCGUCCCGUGGCAGGAGUACCCGUCCUGGGCAGCAGACGACCUGGUCGACCUCCCCGUCAAAGGGCGCUUUGUUGGCCCGGUGGUGGUGGUGGACGGCUACGUCCUCGAAGCUCCACCUUUUGAGGUUUGGGAGCAGAAAGGAGACUACAGCGACGUUCCGUUUGUCAUCGGGUCGACGGAGCAGGAGGAAGACUUCAGCCCCGCGGCUCAGAACAUCUCCACGUGGACCUGGGAGGACUACAGCUGGUUUGUGACAGAGAAACUUCAGUCCUUCAACGAGAGUCUCCCCACCGCCGCUCUGAAGCUGUACCCGCCCUCCGCCCCCUGCCCCACCACGGACCGCUGCCCAGAGAGGGCCUACACCACCAUGGUGUCCGACAUCAGGGUCACCUGUCCCAACAACGACGUGGCCCAGAGGGCUGCAGCGGCCCUGAAGAGUCCCGUGUAUCGGUACCUGGUGACCCACACACCGUCAGGCCCGGUGAACGUCUCCAGCAACCUGCUGUCGUUCCCCAGCCGCUUCUCCUUCCACUGUCUGGACAUCAUUUCGUUCUUCGGAGGGCUGGAGUUCAUCCUGGGCAAACCGCUCUCUGCUGAAGACAAGAACUUCCAGAGUCUCAUCACACGCCACCUCGUCCACUUCGCCAAGACAGGUAAGAUGGAGGCUGAAUGGCCUGAAUACCCAUCAUCCACUGCUCUCCUGUCUGACCGCCUGACGGCGGUCCAGGACUACUCAGCCGAUCGGUGUCGGCUGUGGAAGGAGAACGGCCUGUACGCCUACGCCUGGGUGAACUGAGCGCGGACUGUCGGCAGCGUUCAGUUCCUCUAAUCACUGAGCUUAAUUAAAGCCACAGCCUCGUUACACUGACGUGAUGUCACACAGCAGCUAUCUGAUUGGCUGUGAGUUUAAAAACA